GUGGUACAUGUAUCAAUUCAUUGGUAUAUGUACCAGAUCAGUGGUACAUGUUUAUGUACCAGGUCGGUGGUACAUGUUCACGGCAGUGUUGUCGUUUGCCAGACGCUAUAGGGUUGGACUUCACGACAGGGAGCGACAAAAAACGACGUGGGGUUCAGAGGAUAGAAAUGUUAUACUUGAUUUCCCUUGGUUUAGACUUCCCACAAACAAGCUCAUAGUGACUUCAUGUUUAUUUGUUGCAUUGGCUGGAUAUUUUAUUAUUGUUGGCAUUUUUCUUUUUUAUAACACAUUCUACUCCACGAUUAGUGGUGAUACUAAUGAGAAGUUGCUGGUUUGUUUACGUAUCGAAUUGGUUGUACAUAUAUUUGUUCAGUGUUACGUGUAUCUGUUUAGUGGUACAUGUACCAUUUCACUGGUAUCUAUUCAGUGUAUCAGUUCACUGGUAUAUCAAUUCAGUGAUACAUGUACCAUCUCAAUGGUACCACUCCAAAGUCUAUCUAACACUGAAAUGGGAACAUUUAGGAUGAUUUUCGAUUUUGUACAGGUGCAAUAUAUCUAACACUACAAGUGGAUGGUUACAUUUUGGUGUGGAAAGUAUGGCUUGAAUAGUUGCACUGGUACUUGUACCAGAUCAGUGAUACAUAUACCAGAUCAGUGGUAGUUGUACCAAAUCAGUGGUACAUGCUCAUGGGAGUGUCGCCGUCUCCCAGACGUUGUAGGAUUGCACUUCACGACAGGGAUCGGUAAGAAACGACCCAUCGCCUCCCUUCAUGUUCUUCUUCAUCUCCGACGGGUUGUCCGCCGACGAGAAACCCCCCAGGUGUUCUUCUUCACGUUCUUCUUCAUCUCCGCCGCCGCCCUUCAUGUUCUUCUUCAUCUCUGACGGGUUCUCCGUCGACGAGAAACCCCCUAGGUGUUCUUCUUCACGUUCUUCUUCAUCUCCGCCGUCGCCCUCAUGUUAUUCUUCAUCCCCUGUGUCUCGUCCUUCAACGAAGAGCAACCCGCCAGGCAGGUCGAAGGCGAUCCCACUGUCGGCGAGCAACUCGAUGGUUUCCGGCCGCCAUCGAUUUCUGCAGAGGAGAGGGCCACCGUCAAGUUUUGCAGAGGAGAGGGAUGAAUUGCUAUUUUUUCAGGAGGGGAUAUGGGAAAUGUUGGAGCUGAAAAGGUACUUUCCUCCUCCAACGUUUUUCUCCUUCCCCAUUCAUAAUUAUUAUCACAAUUAAGGGUUUCCCAAUUUACAAAAUUACAAAAAAUAAAAUAAAAAGCAACUUUCAGUAAUACAACUUACCAAAUGAUUAAUGGAAAAGUGACCAAUCAAGAGGAGGGUGUAAAAAAAAAAGACCCUUUAAGGGGUUAGCACAAUAUCCUACCCCAUCGUCAUAUGUUGCUCCACCCAAAUCCCAAUGUUAGUAGUUCAAGGGGUGUUGAUCACCACAUGCCUCUCGAUGUUAUCCAACAUCUGCUAAUUUUAUUGGGAACAGAGUCAGAUGGCUAAGUUUACAAUUGCUAGUUUCAAGGAAUUGGCAGAAGAAGACAGGGAUUAGGCGAAAAAUUAGGUGUCGUUUGGAUGAGAAAUUCUAAUGGAUCAAUUUGACACAAUUGUCUCGUUUUGAGUCAAUUGUGCUAGAUUGAUCCGUUUGGCAGCAGAAAAUUUGGAUGAAGCAAUUUGGGAUGGGGAAUUCUGAAUUGACUCAUUUUGAGCCAAUUACAAUUGUCUGGGGUUGGGGCAGGUAAUCUGAAUUGACUCGUUUUGUAAAAUGAAACAAUUGGUCAAAUUGUCUCGUUUUACAAAUGAUUCAUCCAAACGACCCCGAAUUAGAGAGAUAAUAGGAAGUUGAAAUAUUCGUGUUAUUUGAUAAUCCGUCGAAUGACACAAGUACAAUUAUUUUAUAAUAUAAAGGUAGACCUAUGUUACUAUUUUCUAAGCGUGUAACUCAUGUAUACCACUGACUUGGUUUUGUUAACCCUUUUACUCUAUAAUAAUAAUUAUCAACCCAUGAUAUUGUUUCUUAAUAGUUUUACUAAUUAUAUUCACACCACUGUCAUUUUGUUUUCUUAACCUACUUGCUCUUUAACAUUAUCAAUCCAAAUAUUAAGGUAAACCUAUGUUAUUGUUUUCUAAGAGUUUUACUAAUCUACAACGCUUACUUAGUUUUGUUAACCUAUAUAUUCUUCAACAUAAUCAACCCAUGCCAUUGUUUCUUAAGAGUUUUACUAGUCUACACUACCAUCAUUUUGUUUUGCUAACCUACUUGCUACUCAUAGUAUUGUGGUGAGGUUGUGUUAGCUUAAUUACCACCGUGAUAAGGUAGGAAAAAGCAUACCACUUGUUAUGCCGUGUAUAUUGGUUAUUUUUUUUAUUGAUUUUCAUACACAAGUUAAAGCACACACCACAAAUCUCCUUAAUCAAAUAAAAAAAUACGACAAAGCAUACCACAAAUAUUUCUAAAUCACAUCAUAAACCUUCUAAAACACACCACAAAUCUCACAAAGAAUACUAGAAACACCACAAAACAUAUCACAAGUAUUUCAUAAGCACACAAGAAACCUCCUAAUGCAAACCAAGAACACGGUAAAGCAAACCACAACAACAUACCAGAAACCUGCUAAUGUAGACUACAAAUUCCCUAAUUAAAACAAACCACAAAACCACAAAGCAUACCACAAUUACUUAUAAAGCACAAUAGAAACCUCUUAAUGCAUACCACAAACACGUUAAAACAAACCAAAAGCAGCAUAAUAGAAACAUCUGAAUACAUAUCACAAAUCCCUAAAACAUAUCAGAAACCCUACACAGCAUACCACAAAUAUUUCACAAAAAAAAAACCACAAAUAUUUCAUAAGCACACAAGAAAUUUAUUAAUGCAAACCACAAAAAAACAUACCAGAAAUCUCCUAAUGUAGACCACAAAUUCACUAAAAUAGACCUGAAACCAUACAAACCUGGUUAACCUUAUACACAUAUAUUAUUUAUUAUUUUUCUCCCAUUAAUUUCUAUGUAUUGUUGUUAGUUUAAACACAAUAUUUAAAAUGACCAUUGUACCCUUCUAUGAAAUUACACUAUUUGGAUUGAGUCAAUCCACCUAAUUAAUAAAAAAGUAAUCACAGU